AUGGAUGUUGAUAUAAAAGUUGAAGUUAAAAGUUUAUUCUUGAGACAAUUUGAUGAACGUCAGGCAACCUUCAGGGAAUUGCCAGACCUGACGAGAAAUUCUCGACAUUUCUUCAUUCAUUUUCACAUCAGGGGCCGAUUUCACAGAUCCAUUAGACAUUUAAUUAAGACUUUUGCCAUAUGUAACGUCUCGAAAUCAGCAACAUUGUAG